UUCACGUGGCAGUGGACAUUUCCAGCUCCAGAGCCUAAUUUGCCCUUUCGGCCACCGGCAACCCUCCUCAGCGUCUUGCAGAGCCUCGGGGGCGGGAGGGUGGUCUUUGCCUGAGUUCUCUGCCUCUGUGGAACAGCAGUCUCGGUGUAAGAGGGAAUGCUCUCCCCCUUCUCCAAGCUGCACAAUUCCCCAGGAGUUUCCCCAUCCUCCAAGACCAGCAACUCUCCUGUCCUCUCCAGGAAAAUGACCAUGAACCCCAAUCUUCGUCUCCAGCGGCGGUUCACAGUGGCCCACGCGCUUUGCUUUGAUGUCGAGAAUGGCUUCUCUCCAGGACGAAGUCCCCUUGGUUCCCAGGCCAAUCUGGGUCUGGGUCUGGUUUUACAAGGCACAACCCCCCACAGCCAACGUCGGGAAUCCUUCCUGUACCGAUCCGAUAGCGAUUAUGACCUCUCACCUAAAGCCAUGUCCCGUAAUUCUUCUGUCAGCAGUGACAUGCAUGGAGAAGACUUGAUUGUUACUCCUUUUGCACAGGUCCUGGCCAGCCUGCGGACGGUUCGCAGCAACUUUGCUGUCUUAACCCACCUGCGGGAACAUGUCUGCAACAAGAGAGCAUCCGGGUCCAUCAAUCCCCUCUCCGCAUCUAAAGUCAAUCUGUCAGAGGAUGCCUACCAAAAGUUGGCCAUCGAGACCUUGGAAGAGUUAGACUGGUGCCUGGAUCAGCUGGAGACCUUGCAAACGCGCCAUUCAGUCAGUGAGAUGGCUUCCAACAAGUUCAAAAGAAUGCUCAAUCGAGAACUAACACACCUCUCAGAAACAAGCCGUUCUGGAAACCAGGUAUCCGAGUACAUCUCCAACACAUUCUUGGACAAGCAGCAUGAGGUGGAAAUCCCAACCUCUGUUCCCAAAGAAAAAGACAAGGAGAAAAAGAAGCGACCAAUGUCACAGAUCAGUGGUGUGAAAAAGCUGAUGCACAGCUCCAGCUUCAGUUGUGCUGCCAUCCCUCGUUUCGGAGUAAAAACGGAUCAGGAGGGGCCACUGGCUAAGGAACUAGAAGAUGUGAACAAAUGGGGCCUUGAUGUAUUCAAGAUUGCAGAGUACUCUGGCCACCGCCCACUAACAGUCAUCAUGUACAGCAUCUUCCAGGAAAGAGACUUGCUGAAAUCUUUUCACAUUCCUGCGGAUACCUUCAUCACAUUCAUGAUGACCCUGGAAGAUCACUAUCACCCUGAUGUUGCCUACCACAACAACAUUCAUGCAGCUGAUGUUGCUCAGUCCACACAUGUAUUGCUUUCAAUGCCAGCUCUGGAGGCUGUUUUCACUGACCUAGAGAUUUUGGCUGCCAUUUUUGCAGCUGCCAUCCAUGAUGUUGACCAUCCUGGUGUUUCUAACCAGUUCCUGAUCAAUACCAAUUCAGAACUGGCACUGAUGUAUAAUGAUGCAUCCGUGUUGGAGAAUCAUCAUUUGGCAGUAGGAUUCAAACUCUUACAAGAGGAAAACUGUGAUAUUUUCCAGAAUCUCUCUAAGAAGCAACGGCAAAUGCUUCGGAAGAUGGCCAUUGACAUGGUCCUGGCAACAGAUAUGUCAAAACAUAUGAAUCUUCUGGCUGAUCUGAAGACAAUGGUAGAAACCAAGAAAGUGACCAGCUUGGGGGUCCUGCUUUUGGAUAACUACUCAGAUCGCAUCCAGGUCCUGCAGAAUAUUGUGCACUGUGCAGACCUCAGCAACCCCACAAAGCCGCUAGAGCUCUAUCGCCAGUGGACAGACCGAAUCAUGAUAGAAUUUUUCCACCAAGGAGAUCGAGAGCGGGAGAAGGGCAUGGAGAUCAGCCCGAUGUGUGACAAACACAAUGCCUCCAUCGAAAAGUCUCAGGUGGGAUUCAUUGAUUAUAUUGCCCAUCCGCUUUGGGAAACCUGGGCUGAUUUAGUUCAUCCUGAUGCCCAGGAAAUCCUGGAUACUUUAGAAGACAACCGAGAAUGGUAUCAGAGCAUGAUUCCACAUAGUCCUUCUCCCCCCCCAGAUGCGUCAGGCUUGGAGAAAAGUGGAGGAGUCCCGGACAAAUUCAAGUUCCAGCUUACUCUGGAGGAGGAGGAUGGAGAAGAGUCAGAUAUUGAACAAGAGACUGAGAGCCCUCUGGAAGAGGACAAUAGUGAAUCCAAAACCUUGGGGACAACUGAUGAUUCAGAAUCUGCAAAUGAGCCAUUGCCUUCUCCAACAGACAAAUUGGGCAGCCCCCAUAGAAAUACCCUGAUCAAACAAAAGGGAGCGCUGAACUUUGACAACCAAAGAACACUUCCACAGACCGAUAGUGGUUCCAUAGCCGAUCCAGUUGAGUUAGCAAGGAGAGAGCGCCUGACUGAUACACAGUCAUGUCUUGACAUGGAAGGAAAUAUCACCUUUUUGCCUCUUGGGACGUAGUGAGGGGAAGGCCCUGAUGGUCAUUACAUUCUGGCAGGGCCAGAAGGGGACCACAAAUAGCCCACCCCAAAUGUCUUGCUGCCAGUAACCUACGAUUUCACUCCCCAUUGUAAGGGGGUGCUACUAUUAACUUCUUCUUCCCCAAAGAAAUCUGUAGCUUGAACCGCGUUAUUUGCCCAGGUGGCAAAGUAUCAGAGAUCAGACUCUGCCUGUCAUGUCUUCCUUCCAGUGUUGCUACUCAGCAUCUGAGUUGUACCUGGCAAAUGGAAAAAUUCUUCCUGCUGGACUUGUCAACAUCACUAAUUUCUAGUUUGGUUUCAACUUGGAAUUAGACUACAUCUUGCUUUAAGAAAGCCCAGGGGGAAAUACGGCUCUUAGUUCAGUGUAAGAACAAAUGUUUUGCAUGCAGACGGACACAGGUUCGGUCUCUGACAUCUUUAGUCUUCUUAUUUAAAGGUUUUUGGGUACCUGGGCUGGGAAAAAGUUUUUUUCUUUUUCUGACUGUGAUCACGGAGAGUUUUUCCAAGUUAGAGCAGACAGUACUGGACUGGUUGGACAAAUGGUCAGACUUUUGUAGUCCUACAUUUUCCAAGCAUGCAAAUUACAUUUGAGGAAAGGUUCUGUACGAUCCUUAGUAGAUGUUAAAAAUCAGAAUAAUAUAGUGGGCUCGAUGGACCAAUGAUUUGACUCGGCAAAAAGGGAAUCUUAAAAUGACAUGCUUCUGCAGAAAGGGGAAUUGUGCAGAUAAAGAGUAUUAUGUUUGCUUUUCUCAAGUGUAACAAAACCAGCAUCCUGGGAAGUUUCGAAGUAUUCAGCCUAGGAGACAGUCUCUGUAAAUGACAAAUAGCUCUGAUGGGAUGGGAUGCUGUCGAGAUACGAAAUUCAUCCUGUUGGAUGCAUUUGGCUACCAGAUUCCUGAUACUCAGACAAGAAGGCCUUCCAACAGACUGCAUGUUGCCUCAUUCUGGUAGCUGCAUUGAAAAUAGCCUCCUUUACGUUGAUCUCCUAGAUACCUUUUCUCCCACAUGAAAAUAUUUAUAGUAAGUGAUAACCACAUUUCUCCAAUAUUCAGAAGCCCUGUUUGAAACAGAAAUACAGAUUUUGUUUUACUUCUCCAGUAAGGGGGAAAAAAACUCUUGUUUUAAAUUAUGUUUAUUUUGUGACAUGUAUUUCUUCACAGCAGCAGGUGGGAAAAAUUGAAUUAUUCAUUGUUUUUAGAAAGGGAAGAAAGUAAGUUUGAUGCAGAAAUGAGCAGUUAAUGUUUUUUAAAUAUUUAAUUAAUCUUCCCAGCAAACUCUUAAUAUAAAAUUGGCUAUUGGCAGAACUGCUCUACAAGGUUAAUUGGAAGUUUUGAUCAUUUUCAAAUUACUGGGGGGAAAAACCUGAACAUGAUAAUUUGGCUCUUCUGACAUUGUAAUCACUUUGUCUUUUGCCUGUGAAAUCAAUGCCCCUCUGCUGGGCUUCUUUGCCCCUUUCUCCUAAAAGGAAUGGGAGAAGCGAUCCCAAGUGGUAUGUGCAUAUUAGACUACGCAUAAAAGUUUUCUGUGGUAUAUACACUAUUUAUUUUGGCUUUUUUGAUCAUUACCAUUUUCUUCCUCAAAAGGCCCAUUUUUUUUAAAAAAAAGGCAUUUUAAUUUUGUUUUCUAAAUACAAAAAUACAGUUGUUCUGUUUUAGCAAGCUAGUUUUCUGAUAUCAAGAGAGAAGAAAUUUAUGUGGAUCAGGCUUCUGCUGUGAAAACUUCCAUAUUUUACACUUUUCCCUUCUGUUUUCAGUAUUCAAAGAAAUUAUUAUUUUGUUCUGUCUGGGUUAUCUGGAUCUCCUUGUAUCUUACUAUUCAUAAAGGAGGCUUGUUACAAACAGAAUUUGCUGCUGAACAAUGGCAUUUCUCAUGGCAGUGAUUUCAAUCAAGAUCUAUUCGGUCCCGCUUAGUCUAUAUCCCUAUGCUUUAAAGGGUCUAUCCUAUCCCAGAGGAGACUUGUAACCAGAUAGUACUCUAGCCAUUGAUUUUUUUUUUCCCUAGAAGACUUAAUCUGCUGACUUGAAGUGAUGCAUCUUGUGCUUUUACUGCUUUGGGUAAAUAAGGCAGUUCU